AUGCACCAAGGAAAUCACAGUUCUCUCCAUAAUUUCAUUCUACUUGGCUUCUCUGAUCAUCCCAAUUUGGAAAAGAUUCUGUCAGGAGUUGUCACCAUCUUCUACUUAAUUACAUUACUGGGUAACACAGCCAUCAUUCUUGCAUCUCUCCUGGAGUCCCAGCUUCAAACACCAAUGUAUUUUUUCCUCAGGAAUUUAUCUUUUCUGGAUUUGUGUUUCACAACUAGCAUUGUUCCUCAGAUGCUGGUUAACUUGUGGGGCCCUGAGAAGACCAUCAGCUUUGUGGGCUGUGUCAUUCAACUCUAUGUCUACAUGUGGUUGGGCUCCAUUGAAUGCCUGCUCCUGGCUGUCAUGUCCUAUGAUCGUUUCACAGCUAUUUGCAAACCCUUGCACUACCUUGUCAUCAUGAACCCACAUCUCUGUGUCAAGAUGAUCCUCAUGGUUUGGAGCAUUAGUCUGGCCAGCUCUGUAAUAUUAUGUACACUCACCCUGAAUUUGCCUCGAUGUGGAAACAACCUUCUCGAUCAUUUCCUGUGUGAGUUACCAGCUAUGGUCAAGUUAGCCUGUGUCGACACAACAGCAGUUGAAAUGUCUAUUUUUUCUUUUGGCAUUUUCAUUAUCCUUACACCCUUGAUCCUUAUUCUCAUCUCCUAUGGUUACAUUGCCAAAACUGUGCUGAGGAUGAAGUCAAAAGCAGGCCAGCGAAAAGCAGUGAACACCUGUGGCUCUCAUCUCACUGUAGUGUCCAUCUUCUAUGGAACUGUUAUUUACAUGUACUUGCAACCAGGGAACAGUGCCUCCAAAGACCAGGGCAAGUUCCUCACCCUCUUUUACACCAUCAUCACUCCAAGUCUGAACCCCCUCAUUUACACAUUAAGGAAUAAAGACAUGAAGGAUGCCCUGAAGAAGCUGAUGAGAAUCCACCAUGACUCUACAAAAAGACAGACAGGAAAGACAUAG